AUGAGUAUAAAGAUAGAACCUCCUAAUAAGUUUUCAGAUUUUAUGAUCUCAGAAGCUCUUUAGGUUCCAUAAAAUAACAAAUUAUCCACUAAGUAAUUGACAAAGGAAUACUCAACUAGAAAUACUUUAGCAAGCAGCAAAUUUGAUGACACUUCAGAUGCUGGAUAUUUGAUGAAAACAAGUUUGUAAAAAAGCUUAAGAAGAAUUUAAAUGAAUAAGUAAUCAACAAUGCCUAUCCAAGAAGACUAUGAUGAGAGCUAAGAUAGUAAUAUAAUUAAUGAGUCUUUUGCAAGGAAUAACUAUAAAAUUGAUGACAUAUUAGAGGAAUUGAGCUUUGAACUUGCGAAUGAGAAUAAUGCACCAUCUAUAAGGGAAAGAUUAGUCAAUUAAUCAUCUAAGCUAUUAUCAGAAUUUGCAUAGUAAGCUCAAACAAAUUUGAAUAUUCCAAAAUCAACUUAGCUUGAUUAAAAUAAUUAUUAAAAGAAGAGUGCAGCUGAUUAAAUUCAAGAUGUAGUGACCCCUAAUAGGAGAGGCUUAAAAGAGGCUUUAGAAAAUGGAUUUCUCAAAAGAAUUAUAAAUAUUAGCGAAUAUAUCGUUGCAUUCAAUGUAUGGAACUUUACUAGACUGUUCUUUUAUCAUUUGAUUUUCUUCUACAUAGGUCAAGGAGUAAUCCCUCUAAUAAUGAUGUUUGAUAAAAUUCAUCUGGCAAACAAUCUGAGCUUUUGGAAAUAUAAUGCUCAUUAAUCAAGAUUCUUUUUCAUUUAGAAUGGAUAAUGGCUAGCUCAUUUGACGAUGAGUACUUUAAUGUUUAUGAAAUAUUAUCAUCCAUUUGAUUAUCACAUUGACUUGAAGAAUAUUUACUUGGAACAGUUCCUAUUUUUGAAUCUUCAAAUACUUAUUAGAAGUUUUAUUAUCGCAGUAAGGUAUGGUUACAGCUCUAAUUUGAGGUUUGCAUUGCUAAAGAAUUAAACUUAAGGAGGUGAGUUUAUAGCUAAAGAUUUGCUAGUAGUUAGUUGGAUCCAUACUCAUCCAGCUGGGUUAGAUUUAGAGAUUGAAGCAGUUCUUUGGAGGAAUUAAAUUGAGGAGGAAUACUUUAAGCUCUAAUUUUUUGAAGAAUUGUUGCCAGUUACUUAUGCCAAAUUCACAGAUUCAAAUUUCUAUGAGAAGGAAGGAAACUAAUUUAAAAUGGAAUCUUUGAAAAAGGAAUCGAAAAUAUAUGAGAAAAAAUUAAAGUUAAAACAGGAGUAACUCAAAUCCUUUGAUCCCUUUAAUGAUGAUUAUGAGAUGUUUUCAUUACAUGCAAUAAAGAAAACUAAUCAAAGCAAGCAGCUCUGCAGUGGAAGAUUGAUUUUUAGAGAAAUUGGACUCUUCGCAGGAGCUCAUGCUACCACUGUUAAAUAUUUUAUAAUUAUCACAUCUGCAACUAAACUAUUCUUACCUUUUAUAGCGAGAUACAUUGAGUAUGGAACAUUCUUAGGAUUCGAUAAUUGGGAUAGCUUUUUAUAUCAAUUAUUAGAGAUUCCUUCUCUUGGAUUCUUAUUGAUAAUCAACUAUCUUUUCAUUAUUGUCGGAUUCGUUGACUUUUAAAGAAGAGUAUUUUUGAUUAAGGCUGUUGGAUCUUUGAUUAACCCAUUUAAAGAAAAUCUUGAACUAAAAUAUCAAGUGUUUCCUACAGUUAAUAUGACUGAAAAGCAUUAAAUAUAGCAAUGGUUCAAGCUUAGACUUUGUGCUAUGGAUUUUGGUAGAAAGUACAUGAACAGAAUAUUUGUUUAUUGCAGCACUUUCUUUGGAGCCUACCUUUUCUUUGUGAUUAUAUUGCUUUUGAACUUUUUUGAAAUCAUUCAUUUUGAGUUUCACUUGAUCACCUAUACGUUAGCAGUCUAUGAUAUUUUUGUUGUACUUGGAGUCAUUUUAAUGAUGCUUUAUUAUGGUUCAAUAGUAAAUCAUUAAUUUAUAGAACAUAGAAUGCAACUUUUAAAGAUCAAGGAAACAUUCGUUUUCAUAAAGUCUCACCUUAAAGACAUUAGAGCUGGGAAAAAAUUUACAGGGGCAUAUUUAAAAUUAUUCCAGAGAAAAUAUAUCUAAGAAAGAGACAUUAAGACUCAAGUACAACAUAAAAAAUAAAUAAAAAAAAUAAUAGAAGAGAUAGAUUGCAUUUGUGAGAGAUUAUAAACAGAUGGUGAGCAUUAGCCAUUGAGAUUAAUGGGUUUAAAGGCUACAUACAGUCUCAUGAAUCAAAUUUAUACUGGUCUACUAACAGUAGCAUACGCCAUUAUACAAAAGCUAGUUUCAGGAGAUAAUCAAAAUUGA